AGGGAACAUUAGAUGAUGGAAGAAUAAUUGCAGUGAAGCAGCUCUCGGUUGGCAAAUCUCAGCAAGGGGAGAGAGAGUUUCUUGCUGAGGUAAGGAUGUUAACCAGCAUCCAGCACAAGAAUCUUGUUCACCUGAUUGGAUGCUGCUCGGAAGGUGCAGAAAGGCUGCUGGUAUAUGAAUGCAUGACAAAUGGAAGCUUGAACAGCAUAUUCUCUGGAAAGAGUGAGACAUCUUUAAACUGGAAGACUAGAUUCCAGAUCAUUAUCGGGGUCGCUCGAGGAUUGCAGUACCUGCAUGAGGACUCAAACUUGAGGAUUGUUCAUAGAGAUAUCAAGGCCAGCAACAUCCUCCUUGAUGACAAAUUCCAACCUAAGAUCAGUGACUUUGGCCUGGCCAGGUUCUUCCCUGAAGACGAAGCAUAUCUCAGCACCAGAUUCGCAGGAACUCUAGGCUAUUCUGCACCUGAAUAUGCUUUGAGAGGAGAGUUGUCGGAAAAAGCUGACAUCUAUAGCUUUGGUGUUCUGGUGCUUGAGAUCAUUAGCUGCAGAAAGAACACAGAUCUUUCUCUUCCAAAUGAGAUGCAGUAUCUACCGGAAUAUGCAUGGAGGUUAUAUGAGAGAUCAAAGAUGACAGACCUUGUGGAUUCCAGGUUGUUAGAAGAAGGUGCCCUGGAAAAAGAUGUGCUACAAGUCUGCCAUGUUGCUUUGCUGUGCCUUCAGCCACAUCCAAGCUUGAGGCCUCCAAUGUCAGAAAUAGUUGCCAUGUUGACAUGCAGGACUCCACCAUCUUCAGCUCCAGUGAGACCUACAAUUUUGGAGAGAAAGAGUAGAUUUGGCAUAGGAAUUUCUCCAUCUUAGUUAGAAAUAAAGUCAACUCUAGAA